AUGUUGUAUGGAAGAAAAUGCAGGUCUCCACUGCAUUGGGAUGAGUUGGGAGAGAACAAACUCCUAGGGCCAGAUGCAGUUCAGCACACCAACGAAGCUAUUCAGAAGAUCAGGGAUAGAAUGAUCACAGCUCAGAGCAGACAGAAAUCUUAUGCAGACCUGAAGCGGAGGGACAUUGAGUUCGAAGUGGGUGAUCAUGUGUUUCUUCGAGUGACACCACGAAAAGGACUCUCAGUGAAGAGAUUUGGUAAGAGAGGGAAACUAAGUCCUAGAUAUGUUGGUCCAUUUCAGAUAUUGGAUAGAGUGGGCAGUGUAGCUUAUAGAAUAGCUUUACCGCCAUCAUUAUCUGGGGUGCAUAAUGUAUUUCAUGUAUCUCAACUCCGGAAAUAUGUGUCAGACCCAUCGCAUGUUUUGAGCUAUGAAACACUGGGUUUGCAGGAAGAUUUGUCCUACAAUGAACGUCCGGUGAAGAUUCUUGAUCAAAAGGAUAGGAUUUUGAGAAAUAAGACAAUUACCCUGGUGAAAGUCCUAUGGAGAAACAGUGUGGUUGAGGAAGCUACUUGGGAGCUUGAAUCUGAUAUGCGAGAACAAUAUCCAGAAUUAUUUGAGUAA